GUGCUGGCACAGCCAGACGUGAGGGCCAGGGUUGCCAACGACAAGCUGCAGCUGGCUGUUGAGAAGGCAUCAGCAUGCAUCGGGGAGGAGGCGACUCUCAAGUACUUCCGCACAUUCUCCUUCAAGUUCAUCCCCCCUGACUUGACAAGGCCUCAACCAUCAGCCCAGCCAUUAGCCCCGCCUGCCACACCAGCUGCGGCAGCGCCAGCACCAGAGGCAGCAGCAGCAGCCCUGUCAAGACUGGGAGCAGCAGCCGAAAUAGCAGCUGGAACACCAGGGGCAGCUGCAGGAGGAGGAGCAGGGGUAGGAGCGGCAGCAUUAGCAAGAGGAAGUGGUGGGGGUACAGGGUUGGUGGUGACCCCAUUCGACCCGUCUGCUUCACGGGUCAGGGGCGUGGAGACAGGUGAACGACGGGUGCCAGGGGUGGUGCAGGCUGGCUUGCCCACACCGCAGCAGGGGCAGGGACGCGCACAGGGGGGAGCGCAGGGGCAGGGGCAGGGGCAGGGGCAAGGGCAAGCGCAGGGGCAAGGGCAGGGGCAGGGGAGGGUGGAGGGGCAGGCGCAGCAACAGGGGCGGGGGCAAAGUCAGAGCACACAGUCAGGGGGGUCUAGCAGUGGCAGCAGUGGCAGUGUGAACUGGUGGGACCGGCUGGAGAUGAACACGGCUGUAGCGUGGCCGCUACAGCUGGUGCUGUCCCCCACCGCUCUGCAGCGCUACAACAGCGUGGCGGCGUUCCUCUUCCGCCUGCGCCGCGUGGCCCUCGAGCUGCAGCUCGCCUGGCUGCUGCUGUGCAAGGUCAGGCCCGAGGGGGCCAGGAUGCGAGGGCUGCCUGAGAAAGGGGCGCGUGGCGUGGUGGCUGGGAGGGGUGAAGGGGUGAGGGGUGGAGAAGGGGGUUUGAGAGGGGCAGGGGUGGGAGGGGUUCAGGGGAAAGGUAGAGGGGAGGCGGUGGGGAGCGGGAGGGGCGAGGAGGAGGGGCAGAUGAAGCGGACUUGGUCGCUGCCAGCUGGCAGUGGGGAGGCUGUCAGGAGCGGUGGCGUUGAUGCUGGCCCUGCUACCGCUGCUGCUACUGCUGCUGCUGGUGCUGCUGGUGCUGCUGGCUUCACUAGAAGCACAAGUGUGGCGGCAGGCAGUGUGGGAGGGGCGGGGAGUGGGAGAGGGGGCAGCAGUGGAGUGGUGCGCAUAUCACUGUCGGAGCGCAAGGAGCAUCUGAUGCUGUGCAUGAUGCUCAAGGAGAUGCUGCAGAUCGUCACCAGCCUGCAGACGUACCUCCAUGUACGUGUGUGCUGCCUGCAUGCGUUUAUGUUUAUGCUGCUGCAUAUAUGUGUGCUACUUCCAUGUAUAUGUGCUGGUAAUCUGCAUGUACUUAUGCUACCCUGUUUCGCGACUCUCUGUUUCGCCACUCCCUGUUUCGCCACUCACUGGUGCCACGCACGCCUGGCCCUCUCUCGUCCCUCACCUCCACAGGCGGACGUGGUGGAGGUGGAGUGGGCGGCAUUCCUCGCCUCCAUCCGAGCCAACCCCGACUUCUCCUUCCUGCUCGCCGCACAUGACCGUUUCCUCGCAUCGUUGGAGCGCCAUGUGAUGCUGGGAAACACACACUUCACGCGCCCGCUGCACUCGCUGCUCGUGCUCGCCAUGAAGCUCUGCCGCCGCCUCCACCACUCUGCACCGCUGCCUCUCCCACUGCUGCAAGACAUGCGCAAGGAGCUGGAUGCGAAGGCGUGUGCGCUGUAUCUGUCGGUGGGGAUGCUGCACCACUCCCUGACAGCAGCAGUCGCUGCGGGGUUGAUAGUGGUUGGUGGGUACGGGAGCGGAGCCUCUGCCACGUGGCAGCACGAGAUAUACCCCGCAUCGUCAUCCCCUUCCUUCCUCUCACCACCUCCUGCCUUUCAAUCACCCUCGUCCGCCCGCCAUCCCUCCCACACUCGCCCAUGUCUCACUCCCACGUCACUGCUUCCUCCCCUCUCCUUUCUUCGUUCUUUUGCGACUUUCAAAAGCCUGUCCCUUGCCACAUCGCAUGGCAUCUCGCCUCGUUCGAAUCCCCUCACUCAUUGCGCAUUACCCUCCUCCCGCACCCCCCCUCCCUCCCCUCGUCUCCGCCCCUGCCAUACUCUCCACGAUCCUCCUGUGUGUCACGGUUUCUCACCACGAUUCCCCCUGGGGGCCCCGUGUGCUGCCGGGAGCCAGCCAGACAUCGUUCUCUUUGUCGGGGACUUUGGAGAGGAGCAGGUGCAGCUGGUGCAGCAGGUGGCGGCAGUGAAGGCCAUGAUGGCCGCUGUGGGCGUGAAGGUGGAGGUGGCAGUCAUUCUCGGCAACCAUGACGCCUGGUUCCACAUGUUCAGGAAGGAGAGUGCGCCAUUGGUAGACGCUGUGGAUAAACUCACUCAGCAGCUGGAAGCUCUCGGCAGCCUACACGUGGGGUAUGGCAGGGUGGACCUCCCCCAGUGGCACCUGUCCAUCGUGGGCGCCCGCCCCUUUUCCUACGGCCCCUCCAGCUGGGCCAAGAGCUUCUAUCGUGCCAGGUGUGGAGUGCGCACCAUGAAUGCCAGCACGGCGAAGAUCACAGAGACCAUCCGAGCAGCACCGGAGGGGCACAGCGUUGUCGUCCUCGCACACAACGGGCCCGCAGGUCUGGGGUCCAACCCAUGGGACAUAUGUGGCAAGGACUUCCCCUCCAAAGGGCUGCCGCCGGGGGGAGACUUUGGGGACGAAGACCUGUCACGAGCAAUCACAGCAUCGCUGGAGGACGGGCGGCACAUCCCACUGGUGGUGUUUGGCCACAUGCACCGCGACCUCUUCCCCUUCAACUACCGCUCCCGCUCCAACCGCCUCAGCGCCCCUCACAUUGCUCCCACGCGGCAAGGGGAGCCUGUCACCCAGCGCCGCAUGGCUGCUGUGCUGCUGCACCCUCAUUCCCCACCUCUCCCCUCAUCUGCUGCUUCCCCUCCAGCCACUGCCACUCCGCCUGCUGCACAGCCUAACGUCGCUGCCCCAGCCACACUCUCUAUGCCAGCUGCUGGUAUUAGUGCUCCCUCCACCAAUUAUGCCAGCACCCAUGGCAGCACCUAUGCCAGCAACCAAGCCAGCAGCCACACAGUGUUUCUCAAUUCUGCAGUUGUUCCUCGAAUAGUCUCUCUUGACGAGGAGCAUUUCACCCAAACCUCUGGGCCGGGCUUGGCAGUGUACCCGGCUCUUGGUUCGGAGCCGCUCGACGCAACCCCAGGACUAUUUCUGCCGUACCUGAAAGGAGUGGAAGGGAGAGGGGGCAGUGGGUCAGAGGGUAUAGCGAGAGGCGUAUGCAGAGACAUGGAGGGAUUAAGGAUGGGUGAUGCAAGGGAUGGCAAGGGAGAGAGGGAGGCGCAGGUGCCGGUGCAAACAGGGUGUGUGACAGAUGACACCUCUCUUGCUGAGAUGCUAUUACAACGAGUGGUGGCUAGUGUGAGGGGUGAUGAUGGGGAGGGGCGUGGCGAGGGGCAUGUGGUUGGGGAGGGGUGUGGGGAGAUGUGUGGUCAAGAAGGGGGAGCGGAAAGGGGAAAAGCAGCAGAAGCAGUGGUGUGGGAAGAUGAGGUGCGGUGGGAUGGGGUGGAUGGUGUAGCGGUGGGAGAAGUGAUGGGGGAAAGGGAUGGGGGUGCAGCCCUGUCGCUGCACCACUUUGUGCUGGCACACCUGGCGGUUCAGGGACCAUUAGAGCAGGGGCAGGUGGGCCAGGGGCAAGUGGGGCAGGGACAGGCGGGGCAGGGUCCAGUGGGGCAGGAAUCUGUGCUGCCUUCGUUGGGUGACUCGGUGGUGGCAGCUGCUGGUGACGGUGACGGGGAAGGGCAGUGUGUGGGCGGUGGGGAGGGCCGGUGGGUGUGUGUGGGGGCAGAGGACGUGUGGGUGAAGGUGGACGAGCGGACGGGUGGUGAUGGGAGGAGGGGAGUGGUGGCGUGCUUGCACAGGAGAGACAGGAGCCUCCUCGAAAGUCUGCACGUGGGGUACGGGCGGGUGGACCUCCCCCAGUCGCACCUGUCCAUCGUGGGAGCGCGCCCCUUCUCCUACGGCCCCUCCAGCUGGGCUAAGAGCUUCUACCGCGCAAGGUGGGGCUCUACCGCUCCAGGUGGGGCUCUACCUGCCAGGUGUGGAGUGCGCAGCAUGAACGCCAACACGGCAAAGAUCACAGAGACCAUCCGAGCAGCACCGGAGGGGCACAGCGUUGUCGUCCUCGCACACAACGGGCCUGCCGGCACCAAGGAGGACUCCCCUUUCAAAGGGAUGCCACCAGGGGGAGACUCCUGGCAAAUGCCCUUCCCCUUGUUCCGCCCGCCCCACCUUGCUCCCUGCUUCUCAGGCCUGGGCUCCCACCCGUGGGAUAUCUGUGGCACGGACUUUCCCUCCAAAGGGCUGCCGCCAGGGGGAGACUUUGGAGACGAAGAUCUAUCCAGGGCAAUCACAGCAUCACUGGAGGACAGGCGGCACAUCCCACUGGUGGUGUUUGGCCACAUGCACCGCGACCUCUUCCCCUUCAACUACCGCUCCCGCUCCAGCCUCCUCAGCACCCCUCACACUGCCCCCACUCGGCAAGGGGAGGCUGUGACCCAGCGUCGCAUGGCUGCUGUGCUGAUGCCACUCGUCCAGCUGAACGGGCUGCCAUGGCUGCACCAGCUGCACUCUCUAUGCCUGCUGCAGGGCUAUUACCGUCGUACUGGAAAGGAACGGGAGAAAAUUUGGGGAGCAGGCGGAGAAGAAGCGGACAGUGGGGCGAAGGGUGUGUUUGCAGGAGUGCGCAGAGGCAUGGAAGGGUUAGGGAUGGGUGAUGCGAGGGAUGAGAGGGGAGGGGGAGAGGCGCGGGUGGCGGCACAAGCAGGGUGUGUGGCAGAUGGAGCCUCACCCACUGAGAGGUUAUCAAAACGAGUGGUCGACUCACUUCCAGUGGCUGGUGUGGGGGAUGGAGAUGGGGAGGGGCGUGGAGAAGCGUGUGGGGAGGGGUGUGGUGGGAAAGGAGGAGGGGAAACGGGAGGGGCUGCAGAAGCAGUGGUAUGGGAGGAUGAGGUGCGGUGGGAGGGGGGGGGGGUGGUGUAG